AUUAAUUGUUUCAGCCCAAGUUUAAAUUGCAUUUGCAAGCAAAGGUGAUACGAUUCUCGAACGGGCGAUCAGUUUACGAAAACCAUUUGGCAUUGAUUGUCAAGUAUUCAAAAGUACGCGCACGCUAAACCAUAACAACAUGCCGAAAAUUUAUUUUGUUGGAGUCGAUGUUGGCACGUCAUCAGCUCGAGCUGCACUGAUAACAUCUGAUGGCAAAGUUAUAAAGCAAGCUGCACGAAAUAUACGCAUUUGGAAUCCAGAACAUGAACAUUUUGAGCAAUCGUCCGAUGAUAUAUGGAAUGCUGUGUGCUAUUGUGUUAAGAACGUUACCAGCGACGUUGCCAAAGAAGAGGUGGUAUCGAUUUCAUUUGAUGCCACGUGUUCUCUGGUGAUUUUAGGAGAAAAUGGCGAACCUCUCUCCGCCAGUAAAACUCUAAAUCCUGAACAGAACGUUAUUUUAUGGAUGGACCAUAGAGCCCACAAAGAAGCUGAUCAUAUUAAUGCUACAAAACAUGAUAUAUUGAAAUAUGUUGGCGGUCAAGUAUCCGUAGAAAUGGAAUUACCUAAAUUAUUAUGGCUUAAAAAUAAUUGUUAUCUAUCGACAUGGUCGAAAAUAUGGAGGGCAUUUGAUUUGCCUGACUUUUUAACAUGGCGUAGUACAGGUUGCGAUACAAGAUCACUAUGUUCAGUUGUCUGUAAAUGGAAUUAUGAUGCCGAGAAUAUGCAGUGGAAUCGAGAUUUUUUCCAACAAAUCGGCCUGGAUGAUCUACUAAAUAAUGAUGCUGAAAUAAUUGGUAGCAUUGUUAAAGAGCCCGGAACUCCAGUUGGAAAUGGCUUGAGUGAAAAAGCUGCGAAGGAAUUGAAUCUAUUGCCGGGUACUGUGGUGGGUACAUCACUUAUAGAUGCACAUGCUGGCGCUUUGGGAAUGUUCGGUUGCCGUUCGAAAGAAUACAAUUGUGAGUUGCAGGGUAAAUUGGCAUUGAUUUGUGGCACAUCUACGUGUCAUAUGAGUUUAACGAGAGAUCCGUGCUUGGCCAGGGGCAUUUGGGGACCCUACCGUAGUGCUAUCAUAGCGGAUUAUUAUUUGAACGAAGGCGGUCAGAGUGCAGCUGGUUUACUAUUGGAUCAUGUCAUCAAAACCCAUCCUCAAUAUAUGCACAUAAAAAUGAAAUUGAGCGAAAAUGAACACAUAUACACUUAUCUCAAUCGCAGAUUGAAACAGAUUGCAAAGGAAAAGGGAUUGGAUGAUCCAUGUUAUCUAACAAAAGACAUUCAUGUUUGGCCAGAUUUUCGUGGCAAUCGUUCACCUAUAGCAGAUCCAAAUUUAAGAGGAAUGAUUACAGGCCUCAACAUGAAUGUGGAUGAAGAUGCCCUAGCCAUUUUAUACUUAGCUUUUGUGCAAGCCUUGGCCUAUGGUACCCGGCAUAUUAUUGACAAUCUACUCAAGCAUAAUCGUGUCCCCUUUCAAACCCUAUUGUUUUGCGGCGGACUAGCCAAGAAUGCGCUGUAUGUUCAAAAUCAUGCAGAUAUUUGCCAACUGCCAGCACUUAUACCAGAUGAACAGGAAAUGGUUUUGGUCGGAUCAGCAAUGUUGGGUGCUUGUGCUGCCAAUGUGUAUGACGGAUUAGAAGCAGCAUCUGCCGCUAUGGGCGGAAAUGGCAAAAUGUUAAUUCCCCAAUUUUCGACCAAAGAAUAUCACGAGCGUAAAUACCAUGUAUUUUUAGAAAUGUUAAACGACCAACGGAAAUACAGAGAUCUUAUGAUGUGAUUGCGGGCUCGAAAUGAAUUUAUUUUGCAUUUAUUCGGUUUUUUU